AUGAAAGAAACAAUCAUGAACCAAGAGAAGCUCGCCAAGCUGCAGGCCCAAGUGCGCAUCGGUGGCAAGGGUACUGCCCGCAGAAAGAAGAAGGUUGUCCACAGAACAGCUACAGCAGAUGACAAGAAACUUCAGUUUUCAUUGAAGAAACUGGGGGUCAACAAUAUUUCUGGAAUUGAAGAGGUAAACAUGUUUACCAACCAAGGAACAGUCAUUCACUUCAAUAACCCUAAAGUUCAGGCAUCUCUGGCUGCUAACACUUUCACUAUCACUGGCCAUGCUGAGACAAAGCAGCUGACAGAAAUGCUUCCUAGCAUCUUAAACCAGCUCGGAGCUGACAGUCUGACCAGCCUGAGGAGAUUGGCAGAAGCCUUACCCAAGCAACCUGUGGAUGGAAAAGCACCACUUGCUACUGGUGAAGAUGAUGAUGAUGAAGUUCCAGAUCUUGUUGAAAACUUCGAUGAAGCUUCAAAGAAUGAGGCAAACUGAACUAAGUGUUACUUUCUGAAUAAAGUUGAAACUUGAAAAAGCUACAUGGAGCUGCUAUUUUAUAUUUUGACAGCUUUUAUUUUAUUUCCUAAUGAGAUCUCAGGAUCUAUGAUAUUUGGAAAGUCCUUGAACCUGCAGCUCUUUAGUUACUGCUUGUACACAAUAUUAUUUUUGUGGCCUGAUUGAAAAAAAUCUAUGCUUUGAAAUAAGUCAGAUUGCUAAUGAAUCUCUGCCUAGACACCAUUUUUGAGUAACUUGUAUACAAGCAACACCCCAUCUUUAAUGAAUUUUGACAUACAAUAAAAAUAUAAA